AUGAAGCUCGCAGCAGUUCUCGCCCUCCUUCCUCUGGCUCUUGCAGCCCCAGCGCAGAUACAAAAACGUGCGGCACCUACUAUCAUCGCACCCGCUGCACAAGCCACUGUCGGUGGUAAAGACUUGUUGGGCGUCGAAACCUUCAAUGGUAUUCCUUAUGCUCAGCCACCCGUUGGCCAGCUCCGACUCAAGGCGCCUCAGCCUCUCACCUCUGCUGUAGGCAAGGUUGACGGCACCGCUUCUCCACGAGGCUGCCCACAAUUCUUCUUCAGCACCGAUCAACAAAACUUCCCAACGAAUGUACUUGGAACACUUCUCAACACACCUCUUUUCCAGACCGUUACGAAUGCCGGUGAGGACUGCCUCACGAUCAACGUCCAGAGGCCUUCCGGAACGAAAGCAGACGCCAAGUUGCCAGUACUCUUUUGGAUCUUCGGCGGAGGAUUUGAACUUGGUGCCACCUCUAUGUACGAUGGCACUUCGCUUGUCGCCGAAUCUGUCGCUCAAGGCAAACCCAUCAUCUUCGUGGCUGUCAAUUACCGCGUUGGAGGCUUCGGCUUCAUGCCAGGCAAAGAGAUUUUGGCCGAUGGAUCCGCGAACUUGGGCCUUCUCGACCAGCGCCUUGGUCUACAAUGGGUGGCAGAUAACAUUGCCGCGUUCGGUGGUGACCCAGACAAAGUCACAAUCUGGGGCGAGAGUGCCGGUGCCAUCUCGGUCAUGGAUCAGAUGCUGCUCUACGAUGGCGACUUUUCGUACAAAGGAAAGAACUUGUUCCGUGGAGGCAUCAUGAAUUCGGGGUCGAUUGUGCCAGCGCAGAAGGUCGACUCAAAGAAGGCUCAGGCCAUCUACGACACAGUUGUAAAGGCAGCAGGCUGCUCUGGAUCCACCGAUUCCCUCGGGUGCCUGCGCAAUGUUCCCUACACGAAGUUUUUGCAGGCCUGCAACAGUGUUCCUGGGAUUCUGGGCUAUUCUACCGUCAACCUAUCAUACCUGCCGCGUCCAGACGGCAAGACAAUUACCGAUUCACCCGAAACACUCGUACUCAAUGGCAAGUAUGCCAAAGUUCCCUUUAUUGUGGGCGAUCAAGAAGACGAAGGAACGCUUUUUGGUCUUUUUACGCCAAAUCUUACCACCCAAGCUGAGGUAUCAGAAUACUUUUCGACCGUUUUCUUUGACCAAGCGACAACAGCCCAGAUCGAUUCACUUGUCGGAACAUACCAAACCAUUACCGAAGACGGUUCCCCAUUCCGUACCGGCUUAUUGAACAACUGGUACCCACAGUUCAAGCGUGUCAGCGCAAUCCUUGGCGACAUCACUUUCACAAUUACUCGUCGCAUAUUCCUCGAGCUUGCUUCCGCUGUAAACCCAAGCGUGCCAUCAUGGUCGUAUCUCGCUACAUACGACUACGGCACGCCCAUUCUCGGUACUUUCCACGGCUCGGACCUCUUGCAAGUAUUCUACGGCGUGCUGCCAAACAAUGCAGCGAAGAGCAUCCGAGGCUACUACUACUCAUUCAUAUAUGAAUUGGAUCCGAACAAGGGCAACAACCUUGACGACUGGCCGCAAUGGAGUCAGUCAAAGAAGCUGCUCAAUUUUGGAGCGAACAGGAAUAGCCUGUUGGAUGACAACUUCAGGAAAGAUACCGAGGAUUGGCUGAAGGUCAAUAUGUUCUCCUAA